AUGGCUCCCCUCCCUAUCUCUGAAGAGCAACUGCUCAACCUUUCAUCUCUUCCCACCUACGACUACACAAUGGCUUCUCAGGCACACAACGUUCAGACGCCCGUCACGGGUUCCACCGACGCCUCUGUCCAGGGCGACUACUUCACCUCUACCCAGAGCUCUACAACCACCUCGUCGCGCACAUCUGCCGAGAUCCAGGAUCGCCCCGUUAUCACUCCUGGCGGCACCGUUACGACCUCUUCCGCGCUCCAGACCAAGAACCCCCUGCCGCCCCUCUCCCGCGACUUCCCCAAGCCCGCCGCUGAGAUCGACGUCGAGGAGGCUCUUUCCCGCAAGCCUGGCCGUUGGACUGUCAGAGGAGCCAUUGCCGUCGAGCGACCCGUCCAGGUCGUCGACGAGGAGAAGGUCAAGGCCCAGCGCCGCAAGGCCCUUGAGGAUGCCAAGAGGGAGCUCUUCGCCUCCAGCGAGGCUCUCAAGAACGUUCCGCUCCCGCCGCGCAAGAACAACUUCUAG